UGCCAUUUUACCGAGCUCGUGCUGCUGCUAGCCGCAAGCGAUUGCAAAAACAAUGGUGCAGCGGUGCUUAGUGGUACUGGCGCUAUGCCUCGGCAAUUCGGCGGGCCUCAAUCCGAUCGCUAGGCAGCAGGCGAGGCCCAAAAUGGCUGCACCCCUGCAAAAAGCUGCGCAAACCAAUGCAGCGAUUGCGCGCGCGGCCGGCACUGUCGCCGCAUCGCUCGCCCUCGCAUGGCCGACGACCUCGUUUGCUGCGAUCUGCGACUACGCGCCGACGAGCGACCUCUGCGCCCAGGAGCGGCAGCGCGAGGCGCUCAAGCCCAAGGCCAAGGGCGACAAGGGCAAGGGCCCCGCGAUGGCGAUCGCGAAGCCCGUCGCGAAGCCUCCGGCGCCGCCGGCUUCGAAGCUGACGAAGGAGGCCCAGGCCGUCGCCGACGCCGAGGCGACGAUCGCGAAGAUGGAGAAGCAGAAGAAGGACAUGACGGCGCAGUUCGAGGCGCAGAAGAAGAAGGUCGACGCCAUGCCGGAGGUUCAAGAAAUGAUGAAAAUGAAGGGCCAGAUGGAGAGCGCCGUGAAGGACUACGACUCGAGCGUGCCGCGCAUGAAGGCCCAGCUGCCGAAAAUGAAAGAAGUCCGCGACAAAAAGGCGAAGAAGGACAAGUUCGUCGCCCAGAACAAGGCGCGGCGCGAGAAGAAGGAGAGGGAUGCUAAGGCCGCGCAAAAAAAGGCCGAGGACAAGAAACGCGCCGACGAGAAGGCGCGAAAAGAAAAAAAGGCCAUCCAGGAGAAGGCCGACGCGGAGAAGAAAAAGAUCGCGGGCGGCGGCGCGAGCUGGUCGCCGCUCACGGGUCUGUUCUAAUUACACACUGUUUAACAAA